GACGACCUGCAGGCGCUCAAGUCGGCCCUGGAUGCCCAGCCCACACUCCGCCGCCCGACUCUCAAGGGCCUGGCCAGUGGCACUGGUUUGGAUGGAGAAGGAGCGCCGCCGCCGCCCAAGAAUUCAGUUACGGAGCACCUUCCGCACCUUCGCCGCAUUUUGCCUUCUACUUCAGAUUGCGUGACGCUGCUCUCCCUCCCGAUGUCCUUGAAAACGGGCUCACUUCGGGUCAACGUUGACCAACUUGGCCCCGAUAUCGGGGACUUUGCGGACAGAGCAAUGCGACUCCGGUGUUGCACUGAGAAGGAAGCCUGGCGUCUUAGCAUUAGCCCGCUGUACUGCGGUGCACUGCUGCGGAUGCAGGUGGUGAUAUACGUGCUUCGACACCUCGCGGAUCAUCCGACGGCCUAUCCGCAUUUGCGGAUUGUGGAGGUUUUCCGCGACACGGACCGUGUGGCAGGCAAUGAAAAUCGUGAUGAGCACAUUGGCAUCCGUAUUGCUGUGUCCUUUGAAGCAGAGGAGAUUUGUCCCCUACAAUGGGAAGCGG